UCAAUACAAUUCCGCAUCAAUUUCUUAAAAGAACUACUACCUUUAAUCAAUAUCCUCUUAACAUUAAGUCGCCCUGCCAUCAAACUGACAGUAUCGUUGUUGUAGUUUUUGAUCCUGUAGCAAAGAUUACCGUAAGUGAUCCAAUUGUUGUGCCAAUCAACCCUGGAACACUGUUUUCUCAAAUAGUGGAGGUUCAUGUACCAGCAAAGUCACCUAAAUUCAUACGUAUUGGAGUUACUGUUGAGGAUAUACAAGCUACGACUUCUUUAGGCUGUGCAUAUAAUAUUGUUGGCGAUGCUGCUAAUCUGCGGAUAUUGACUUUUAUCCCGUCUCAUUAUAAAUUAUAA